GCUGAAGCCAGCAGGUCGUUCAGACUUGCAAGAUUAACCGGGACAAAUAUUUGUUAUGAAAGUGAUUGAAGACAACGGAUGUAUUAGUAAUAAAUAAUAGCACUAAUUAUCGUCCUUUGGCUUGGGAGUUUAAUUAUACAAGUCCCGGAGAGGUCAAUCCGCCCGACCGUCACAAUGACGGUGGCCAACGUCAGCGUCUGGUACAAUCUCGAGGAGAUCAACGUUAACGCCACUAACGUUACAAACGUCACAAUCAUGAAACUUGACAAGGGCAUCGACGCAGUAUGUGACGGCAUGGAGACAAAUACAUCCGUCUGUGAUAAACAGGGGCUUGGGAUCAGUCUAGCCACGCCUAUUGCAAUGUUGACAGCGGGAGUCCUUGGAAAUAUAACAGCGCUUGUUGUGUUAUAUACCGCACGAAACCGGAUGAAGAAAACGUUGUAUUUUAUUCUACUCACCGCUCUAGCAUGGACGGAUUUAAUAUGUCAAUUAUUAGUUGGGCCCAUUGCAAUAAUUGUAUACGCGAACAACCUCCGCUGGGUCGGGGGAGAGCCGGUGUGCAAAUAUCAUGGAUUUUUCAUGGUCUUCGCGAGUCUCAUAACUCCACUGUUUGUUUGUUGUGUGUCCAUAGAGCGUGUUCUUGCAAUUACAUUUCCUUAUUUCCACGAACGCGCGGUGACCCGGAAGAAAAUUUAUAUCGUAAUAGCGUGCUGUGUUAUGUUCGUGACCGCAUUCUGCUGUUUGCCGUUUCUUGGGUUCGGUAGCUAUGCUCACCAGUUUCCCGGGUCAUGGUGUUUCUUGAAUUUUCAUAAGGAAACAGAAAGUGAUACAGCAUUCGCGUACCUGUAUGGAUUCAUCAACGUCACCAUUAUAAGUCUUAUUAUAAUCAUGAACGUGGUUGUCAUGGUGACCUUAAUUAAAAUGCGGAUGCGGAAGUUGAACAAUUCUCCUCCAAUGAAACGUCGAGGGUCCAGUACCGUGAGGUCCAAGUUAAAACUAGAGGAGGAGACCCAGAUGAUGUGGUUUCUUCUAGCAAUGACUGUCGUAUUUACAACCUGUUGGUUUCCCUUAACAAUUCACAUUCUUAUCAAUCAGACGACAGGCCGCGUAAAUUACCGAGCAGAUUUGAUGGGAGUUCGUCUGGCUAGUAUAAACCAAAUUCUGGACCCAUGGCUUUACAUUCUUCUCCGAAGAUCAGUCAUCAUAAAAGUCUUCAGAACAAUCAAAGGAAUAGUGACCUUCACCUCAACUAUUGAUAAAAAAUCCCGUCAUCAUAACAGCAAAUUCAUCACAGAUCAUGACCCCAAUUCGAUUAAACGUGUUAAAGAUAUUGAACAUGAAAUGAAUGGCAGAAUUGACGCAGAAAGGGAAAGUGUGGAGUCUGAGAGCAGUGAAACUAAACUAAAUGUCCAUUGCGUAACUUCAACUAAAAUUUCUGCACAGGUCGAAACCACGUGAAAUCCUUAUCAUAUCAGUAUUAUUGCAAUUACAAUGUAUUCUGUUCAUUUUUACCGUCCUACGAUAUUAAUCAACUUUAAAUCUUAGGUUUUUUUAUGUCUUUAUUGUUUUAUUUUACGUACUCUAUG